CUGGGUGACACCGGGACCAAACCGGAGCGGUGAUGGGGGUGACCACAACCCAGCAGCUCCUGACCCUGCUGAGCCCCGAGCGCCGGCGCUGCGCGGUGAUGGCAGCGCUGAUGACGGCCUCGGUCCUCGGGGAGGUGGCCGUCCCUUACUUCAUGGGGCACGUCACCGACUGGGUGGCCAGCGAGGACGAGGUGGCGGCCGCCUGGUCCAUGGCCGUGCUGGGGCUCAGCAGCGCUGUCACCGAAUUCGCCUGCGAUGUCACGUACACGAGGACAUUGAGCCGGGUGUUGGGACGUCUCCAACGGCGUGUCUUCGCCGCCGUCCUGCGAUGGGAUGUCACCUCCCUGCAGGCGAUGGGGACUGGGGCAGUGACGGCGCGGGUGACGGGGGACGUGGAGGCCACCCACGCGGCGGUGGCCGAGGUGCUCAUCAUCUUGCUGUGGUACCUGGCACGGAGCGUUUUUCUCCUGGUUGCCAUGGCAUGGUUGUCACCCCGCCUGGCCUUUGUCACCCUCCUGUCACUGCCCGUCCUCCUACUGCUGCCCCGGGGCAUCAGCAAGAUCCAGCAGGGCUUGUCACGGCAGGUGCAGGAGGGGCUGGCGGGGGCCACCAAGGUGGCAGUGGAGACUUUCCAGGCCAUGGCCACCGUCCGCAGCUUCGCUCACGAGGCCGGGGCGGCCGAGCGGUACCACCAGCGCCUGCGUCACGUCUAUCGGCUGGAGAGGAAGGAGGCGGCCAUCUACGCGGCCACCGUCUGGGCCAGCGGGUUCUCGGCGCUGGCCCUGAAGUUGGGGCUCCUCUGCUACGGGGCACAGCUGGUGGCCAGGGGGACCAUCACCACCGGGAACCUUGUCACCUUCCUCAUCUACCAGAUGCAGUUCACCAAGGCCUUGGAGGUCCUGCUCCAAUACUACUCCAACAUGGCCAAGGCCGUGGGCUCCUCAGAGAAGAUCUUUGAGUUCCUGGACCAGGAGAGGCAGGUGGCACCCACGGAGGAGCCGGAACCCAAUAUCGUGCGGGGCCACCUCCAGCUUGAGGACGUCUGGUUCUCCUACCCCGAGCACCAAGAGCCCAUCCUCAAGGGCGUGUCACUGGAGCUGCGGCCCGGGGAGGUGCUGGCGGUGGUGGCCCCCCCGGGGGCAGGGAAGAGCACCCUGGUGUCCCUGGUCCUGUGCCUGCGCCCGCCGGGGGCCGGGCGGGUGCUGCUGGACGGUCACCCCCUCCCUGCCUGCCCGCACCCCUACCAGCGCUGCCAGGUGGCCGUCGUCCCCCAGGAGCCGGUGCUCUUCUCCCGCUCGCUCCACGCCAACAUCGCCUACGGACCGGGGAGCUGGAGCCGGGCAGAGGUGAUGGUGGCAGCCCGCCGGGCAGGUGCCCACACCUUCAUCACCCGCCUGCCCCUGGGCUAUGACACAGAGGUGGGCGAGCUGGGGGGGCAGCUCUCCGGGGGACAGCGGCAGGCGGUGGCCAUCGCUCGUGCCCUGGUGAGGGACCCCGUUGUCCUCGUCCUCGAUGAGCCCACCAGUGCCCUGGACAGCGAGAGCCAGCUGCAGGUGGAGCAGGAGAUCUUCGGAGCCGCAAGGGCCGGGCGCGCGGUGCUGCUGGUGACAGGGCAGGUGGCCCUGGCCAUGCGGGCGCAGCGGGUGGCCGUGCUGGAGGGGGGACGACUGCACGAGCUGGAGUCCCCCAAGGAGCUCCUGCGCCCUGGCAGCCGCUACUGGUGCCUGCUGCAGGGCGGGGGACAAGGGGGGACAGCGGGGGACGGGGACACGGGGAAGGAGGGGGACGGACAGCGGGAGCUGGGGAUGUGGACAGCAAGGGAUGGGGACAGUGGGAGCCAGGAUGGGGAUACUGGGGACAGGGAUGGGGACAGUGGGAGCCAGGAUGGGGACACUGAGAGACGGGAUGGGGACACCAAGAGCAGGGAUGGGGACACCACAAACCGGGAUAGGGACAGUGAGAGCAAGGAUGGGAACACCGAAAACUGUGAGAAGCGACCAUGACAGCUGUGAUGGGGAGCAGGGGUGCCAGGCUGGGCACACUGCCAUAUCCCUGCUGUGUGACGGUGACCGGG